GAAAACGAUUUACGAUUUCUGAUUUCUUCCCCAUAUCCCUUCUAUUCGUUUUCUUCCCCAAAUCCCAAAUUCUGAAUUUCUGAUUUCUGAAAUCACAUCCCGUAGCCGUAGUCCGGUGAGUCCGUGACUCCCGUCAUCUCUCCCUUCUUCUCCGUUGGUCAGACUCUGAACCCUUCUUCUCCGUUUGUAAAUCGAAGAAAACUCAGAGAAAAAGAGGAAGAGCAGGUCGUCGGAAGCGUCGGAAGUCGUCGGAAGUCGAGAAAGGUUAAUCCCAGGUCGUCGGAAGUUGUCGGAAGUCGGGCUCGGGCAUCGACAGUAGCAAGCAGGAAAGGAAGGAGCCAGUACCAAUUAACCGGCAAUCGGAGGAAAGGAAGGAGCCAGUACCAAUCUGCGGCAGUGUGUCUUUGUCAAGUAGCUGUUGUAGAGGUUCAAAGAGAUCGAAGCAUCCGAAAGGCUUAAUCGAAGAAAGGAUUCGUAGCAGAGGAAGAAGAGAUUGGCUUUAAUCACAGCUGAAGCUCUGAAAAAUGGUUUCUGGGCUAAUUAAUGCUAAUCCAGUGGUGUAUGAGAGAAAAGAGCGUCGGAUCCGAACUGCACCAUCUGAGGUUGAUGAAUAUGCGGUUGAACCUAUUGACCAACAAGAAAUUUUUGAUCAUAUUAGAGAUAUAAAAGAUCCUGAACAUCCAUAUUCUUUGGAAGAACUGAAAGUAAUUACUGAAGAUGCAAUUGAAGUGGAUGACCAGCAUAACUGUGUCCGGGUCACAUUUACUCCGACAGUUGAACAUUGUAGUAUGGCUACAGUGAUUGGCCUUUGCUUACAGGUGAAACUUAUGCGGAGUCUACCUUCUCGUUACAAGGUGGAUAUCAGGGUAGCACCAGGAACACAUGCAACUGAAGCUGCAGUAAAUAAGCAGUUGAAUGAUAAAGAACGAGUGGCAGCAGCCCUAGAAAACCCUAACCUCUCAAGUAUGGUUGAUGAAUGUCUGGCUCCUACUUAUGCUUGACCUGACAGCAUCCAGGAAUCCCUUAUCAUGUUUCAAGGAGUGUAAGCAAGCAACAAUCAGUAUCAGAAAAUUCAUUUCUGCAGCCAGAGAUUCCAUCUUCAAGAGCCCCAAUGAGAAACUUCUGUUCUCUAUUAGCUAAUUAAUUUUUCUGUUUACGAACUAUUACAUUACUUCUACUCUGACAUGUAAAUUUUUUUUUUUU